UUGCGAUUUCACAUGUUUGUAGAUGAUGUCUCUACACAGGAUUGGACUUAUCAUUUUAUAUUUCUACAAGAUUUAUUCUACUCAAGCAGUGAGAAACUCAGAGCCAUUGGUCGUCUCAGCUGAGGCUGGUGAAGCGGUCAAUCUCACCUGCACAUUUGUAGACGACUCAAAUAAAGAUGUUAGGAUGUGGUACAAACAAAGACUGGAGCAUGCGCCACUGGAAGUGGGAUCAAAGUUAGAAGACAAACCGGCUGUGAUUUCAGGUCAACUCGACAAAUCGAGAUUUAAACUCAACAGAAUAGCGAGUGGCAUUUCUCUCAGUAUUGAACGCGUCACUAAAGAAGAUGAAGGAAUGUACUUCUGUGGAGAGACUGGAAAGAAAACGCUGGACUUCUCUACUGCUACAUUCUUAGCGGUCACAGGGCAGUCACACAUAUCAGUGCUACAAACUCCAGUAGGGGGGUCAAUUUCUCCAGGAGAGUCGGUCACUCUGCAGUGCACGGUCCUCUCUGAGAUCAGAGCAGCAGAUCUCCGAGUGCUCUGGUUCAGAGCUGCUGCAGGACAAUCCUUUCCUGAAAUCAUUUACACUCAUCAGAACAGCAGCAGCCGUCAGUGUGAGAUCAGCUCUUCUACAAACUGCUCUGUGUACAGCUUCUCCACGAACAUCCUCGACCAGCACCACACUGGAACUUACUACUGUGCUGUGGCGGCUUGUGGGAAGAUCAUUUUUGGAAAUGGAACAUCAGUAGAACUGAAAGACCCCAUAGAUCCUGUUUUGAUGUUUCUGGGAGCAGCUUUAGGAGUGUGUGUGGUUGUAAUCUCUGCUCAAGCCUUUAUAAUCUGUAAGAGGAGAAACAGUGACCACUGCAGUGGCAAAACAUGUCAGUCUAUCAUCCACAGUUUCCCAGAGAUACUGCAAGACCAGGACUCUGAUGCAGAAGAGUUCAGUUUUGCACCUUUAAAUUUCUCUGACAAGAGCCGACUGCUGAAGGAGAACACUUUCACCCGAGUGAGAUUCUUCCCUGUUUCUGACUUCAAACCAAUCCAGAAACACAAUAUUGCUGAAAAAAGAAGAAAAUAA